GAUUACACCAAGUGGUAGAAAUCCUAACGGUUUGUGAAAUCAAACGUUAGGUGGAAGAAAUCCCGAGUUUUGUGAAAUCAAAACUUCGGUGGUAAGAUAAGAGGCUUGUGAAAUCAAGUUCUCGAGUUGUAUUCGGAUUGUCAAACUCCGUUAAGUUUGACGGGUUAGUGAAGGCCUGGGCACGAUUGNGGUUUGUUUUCUUACUUUAUUGUAAGGGAUUUGUAUUCUUGGUGUUGGGAUUACACCAAGUGGUAGAAAUCCUAACGGUUUGUGAAAUCAAACGUUAGGUGGAAGAAAUCCCGAGUUUUGUGAAAUCAAAACUUCGGUGGUAAGAUAAGAGGCUUGUGAAAUCAAGUUCUCGAGUUGUAUUCGGAUUGUCAAACUCCGUUAAGUUUGACGGGAUAUAUAUAAAUCAUUUUUCGCCCCUACGCCACGACACUAUCGGGUGACGGUGACCAAGGCAAAUUGAUGUUCCUCUGGUCUUCUCCACCAACGAUCGAUGCUGACCCUAGCAAGAUUCAGGCAAUGGUGGUGAUUUUGACGGACGAUGAUAGGACGAGAAAGCGCAGCCACCCUCCACUCUCUGGUGACCAGGAGCAUGGCUCUUCUCCGACUCGCAAUCAACAACGACACAUCCUCCUAACGACGUUGGCAACUAGUAGUGACCUCUUGGAGCAGCAGGCAGGUCUUAACAGCAGCGGUGAAGUUAGAUUCCAACGAAGCCCUGGUGGCGAGUUGACAUUGUCCACGACGAAGAUGCUUCUAACCCAGGGUAAUAAUAAAAAGACGACUGGAGGGAAGCAGAAAGAAGAAAGAGGACAGACUUCUCCUAUUAGCAGCCACUGCACUCAGGACUCUCUCCUCUCCUCCAUGGGGAUGCUGGCAAACGCCAUUGCCAUAACCUUGGCCGCUAGCGCCGCCUCCAAGGGCAUUUCCACGGUUGAUUCGCAGGACAUCGAGUUAGGCAACCCGUGGUGGUUCGUCUACGCGGGCGUUUCCUGCUUCCUCGUACUCUUCGCCGGCAUCAUGUCCGGCCUCACCUUGGGCUUGAUGUCUCUCGGUCCCGUCGACCUCGAAGUUCUCCGGCGCAGCGGAACCUCUUCCGAGAAGAAGCAAGCUGCAACCAUUCUGCCCGUAGUUAAAAAACAGCACCAGCUUCUUGUUACCUUGCUUUUGUGUAAUGCUGCUUCCAUGGAGGCUCUUCCCAUAUACUUGGACAAACUUUUUCAUCCGGUAGUUGCUGUUGUUCUCUCUGUAACUCUUGUUUUAGCCUUUGGUGAGAUUAUUCCACAGGCAGUAUGCUCUAGAUAUGGACUUGCUGUUGGUGCAAGUUUUGUGUGGCUUGUGCGUAUUUUGAUGAUUAUCUGCUUUCCGAUUGCUUACCCAAUUGGAAAGGUUCUUGACUUAGUAUUGGGACAUGGGGAUUCUUUGUUCCGGCGUGCUCAACUUAAAGCCCUUGUUUCUAUCCACAGCCAGGAGGCCGGAAAAGGCGGUGAAUUAACACAUGAUGAAGCUACCAUCAUCAGUGGAGCACUCGAUUUGACUGAAAAGACUGCAGAGGAAGCUAUGACUCCCAUUGAGUCUACCUUUUCCCUUGAUGUCAAUUCAAAGUUGAACUGGGAAGUAAUAGGGAAAAUUCUUGCCAGAGGUCAUAGUCGUGUUCCUGUUUAUUCGGGGAAUCCGAAGAAUAUUAUUGGACUUCUACUGGUGAAAAGUCUGCUUACUGUACGGGCAGAAACAGAGACUCCGGUUAGUGCCGUUUCCAUCAGGAGGAUGCCUAGGGUACCAGCAGAUAUGCCCUUGUAUGAUAUUCUAAAUGAGUUUCAGAAGGGCAGUAGUCACAUGGCAGCUGUAGUGAAAGUGUGCAGGAAAUAUGAGACUCACCAUAACCGUGAGAGGGAGAAACUUGGAGACACCAAAUUUGGGAAUGAAAUUAAUGGAGAAUCACAAUUAUCAUUACCAUUGUUGAAGAAGCAUACCGAAAAGCCAGAAAGUAUUGUGAUAAAUGUUUAUAAAGGGCCACUGGAGAACACAACAAGUAGGGAAAGCACUCUGCAGCAAAAUGGUGCCGUGACAAAAGAUUCUACUGAUCUUUCUCAGGAUUUUGGCGAUGGAGAAGUCAUUGGAAUCAUCACUCUAGAAGAUGUUUUUGAAGAACUUCUGCAAGAGGAAAUUGUAGAUGAAACUGAUGUUUAUAUUGAUGUUCAUAGAAGAAUACGCGUUGCAGCAGCAGCAGCAGCUUCAUUUGUCGCUCGAGCACCUUCUUCUAGGAGGCCGACAGCCGGUCAAAAGGCUUCGAUUACAUACCAGGGAUGCCAAGGUAAGCGAGUAAAGGCAACGAUAAUGCCAGCUGAGGAUGAAUCAAACCGAUAAGGUGGGACUGGCUCAGGCGACUGUCUGUACUGUGUAGGGUUUUCAAAGUAAACAGCUUGGCCAGCUAAGUGUAAGAUGCCCAUGCCAGGUAUAUAUUUUUCCCUUGUGGCCUGCCUCGCAUAAAUCUCAACAUUAGAUGAAAUUUUCCUUCCUAACUAUGAAAUAUGAAUAUGCACCAGCUUGGCAUGUAAUAUUUAGAUGAAAUUUUCCCAGGGUUGGGUUUGAUUGUUCUCUGUGGUGUUGUAUCUCCAGCUAAGUGUGAGCAAUAUUUAUUUCCGUGAUCAAGAGUCACAAUUUGUCAUCAAUGCAGUUUUGGGGUCUACCUUUGAAAUCAAGAUUCUGUUGUCCU